AGGUGCCAGGAACAGGGGCCCGGAAGACACCACCCCCUGGUCUCCACUCUGCACAGAGAAGGAACGUCCGCCAGCACCGCGAGACCCCGCGGUCCCUGCACCCUGCUCCCAAGUUCGAGAGCGACACCCCUCCAAAGCGGAGCCAUCCCGUGCGGUGAGCACUCAGGCCCCAUCGACCCCGCCGGCCCCGGGAACUGCAGGCGGCCUCUGCGCCCAGUGUCCCCCGUGCCCCGGAGUCGCCGGCGCGCCCGGCGGGGCCAUGCCCGGGCUGCGCCGGGACCGCCUGCUGACCCUGCUGCUGCUGGGCGCGCUGCUCUCCGCCGACCUCUACUUCCACCUCUGGCCCCAGGUGCAGCGCCAGCUGCGGCCCCGGGAGCGCCCGCGGAGCUGCCCGUGCGCCCGCCGCGCCUCCCUGCCGGCCCCGGACUCCGCAGCCGCCUCGGACCCCCGCACGGCCGCGCACAACUUUUCCCGAGCCCGGCCGGGGACGGAGCGGGAUCCCGGCGGCCGCAGGGCCCCCAGCUCCAAGCUGCAGGCCCUCUUCGCCCACCCUCUGUACAACGUCCCGGAAGAGCCGCCCGUCCUCGGGCCAGAAGACUUGCUCUUGACCGGCCAGGAGGCGCUGCGGUACUACCGGAGGAAGGUGGCCCGCUGGAACAGACGACACAAGAUGUACAAAGAGCAGCUGAACCUCACGUCCCUGGACCCCCCGCUGCAGCUCCGACUCGAGGCCAGCUGGGUCCAGUUCCACCUGGGCAUCAGCCGCCACGGGCUGUACCCCCGGUCCAGCGGCGUCGUCAGCAAGCUCCUCCGCGACAUGCGCCACUUCCCCACCAUCAGCGCCGAUUACAGUCAGGACGAGAAAGCCUUGCUUGGGGCGUGUGACUGCUCCCAGAUUGUGAAACCGAGUGGGGUCCACCUCAAGCUGGUGCUGCGGUUCUCCGACUUCGGGAAGGCCAUGUUCAAACCCAUGAGACAGCAGCGGGAUGAGGAGACGCCCGAGGACUUCUUCUACUUCAUUGACUUCCAGAGGCACAAUGCUGAGAUCGCGGCUUUCCACCUGGACAGGAUCCUGGACUUCCGACGUGUGCCACCAACAGUGGGGAGGCUAGUCAACGUCACCAAGGAAAUCCUAGAGGUCACCAAGAAUGAAAUCCUGCAGAGCGUUUUCUUCGUCUCUCCAGCCAGCAACGUGUGCUUCUUCGCCAAGUGCCCGUACAUGUGCAAGACCGAGUACGCUGUCUGCGGCAACCCCCACCUGCUGGAGGGCUCCCUCUCCGCCUUCCUGCCGUCCCUCAACCUGGCCCCCAGGCUGUCGGUGCCCAACCCCUGGAUCCGCUCCUACUCGCUGGCGGGAAGAGAGGAGUGGGAGGUCAAUCCUCUUUACUGCGACACGGUGAAGCAGAUCUACCCCUACAACAGCAGCACGCGGCUGCUCAAUGUCAUCGACAUGGCCAUCUUCGACUUCCUGAUCGGAAAUAUGGACCGUCACCAUUAUGAGAUGUUCACCAAAUUUGGGGAUGAUGGGUUCCUCAUUCACCUUGACAACGCCAGAGGGUUUGGACGACACUCCCAUGACGAGAUGUCCAUCCUCUCUCCACUCUCCCAGUGCUGCAGGAUAAAGAAGAAAACACUUCUACACCUGCAGCUGCUGGCCCAGGCCGACUACAGACUCAGCGACGUGAUGCGGGAGUCCCUGCGGGAGGACCAGCUCACCCCGAUCCUCACCGAGCCCCACCUCCUUGCCCUGGAUCGGAGACUCCAAAUCAUCCUAAGGACAGUGGAGGGGUGCAUAGAGGCCCACGGGGAGCAGAGUGUCAUAGCCAAUGGCCCCGCCGAACGGUCGGCCCCGGACUCUGGCCAGGCUAACUUGCCAAGGUAGGGGCGGGACGAGUCCAACGGCAGGAACGACACCUGGCGCCAGCGGCGGCCUCGGGCGCGGCCCUCUGCGUCCUCACGCAAAACAGAUGGGCAUCGGGAAGGUUCAAAGGAGCCGAAAAAGUGGGGUCCACGGCCUUUCCCCCUCGGCGCCGCCUCGCGAGUGGAC